AUGUUGGAAAGCAUCAAGCUCUUGGCGUCUGCAGUCGCCCCUCCACGAAAGAAUUUUAUUGGUCGAGUCUCGGAUCACCACGAGAAUCAGACCGCCGCAGAGGAAAGCAGCCUGCGGAGUGGCAGUGGGGAUGGCUCCACGGAGGAACGCAAACCAAAGCAUGCACCAUUUGUGAUUUUCUGCCUUUCAUGCAUUACCUUCGUAAGCUGCUACUUAGGCGGCCUGGUUACUGUCUCCGUGCCCCAGAUAUCUGAAGACCUGCAGCUGAGUCAGGGUAUGGAACUAUGGCCCGUGUCCAUGUAUGCAUUAGCCACUGGUUGCACCCUGCUCAUUUUUGGUGCCGUCUCCGACGCGCUAGGUAGUAGGCUCAUUUUCCUGCUAGGCUGCUUCUUCCAGAGUAUCUUCUGCAUGGCCUGUGGCCUCGCUGAGAAUGGCACGCAGCUCGUCGUGUUCCGUGUCUUCUCCGGCCUGGCAACCGCCAUGUGUCUCCCGUCGGCCGUGAGCAUUGUCUCCGAGAAUUUCUCCCCAGGAAAGCUACGCAACCUCGCUUUCUCCUUCAUUGGAGGUGGCCAGCCUAUCGGAUUUGGACUAGGCAUGCUGAUGGGUGGUGUCUGCGCCGACACGAUCGGCUGGCGCUGGGGCUUUCAUAGCGCCGCCAUCGCCAACACAGUCGCCUUUCUUCUGUCAUGGUGGCAGCUGCCGCAAAAUAAACAAAUCGGCAUCAACUGGGUCCUCCUCUCCGCCAUUGACUGGCUCGGUGCUAUUGUUAUCAGCGCCGGCUUGGCCCUUCUUUCUUUAGCAUUAGCCAUCAUAACCUCCGACGUAAAUAACGCCCGUAAAGCCUCGACAAUAGCCUAUUUUGCUGUCUCCGGUGUUCUACUCGUGUGUUUUGUCAUCUGGCAAGAAUAUCAGGAACGACGCGGUAAACCGACACUCAUCCGCAACUCACUCUGGAGAAACAAGUCCUUCACCUCAAUCUGUAUUAACGUCUUUAUAAUCUGGGGCGCCUUCAACGGCUUCGAACAGAUAAUCAAUUUUUUCUUCCAGAACGUGCAAGAACUCUCUGUCCUGGACGCCGCUCUCCGCUUCAUUCCCACCCCUAUCACAGGUCUUCUCAGCGCCCUUGUUACGGGCUUGGUACUACACCGUAUCCGCGCCGACGCCAUUAUAAAUAUCACGAUUAUGAUCUCCUGUAUCUCCCCGCUUAUGAUGGCCCUCGUCAAUCCGUCCUGGAUCUACUGGCGCUGCGCCUUCAUCGCCAUCUGCCUUAACUCCAUCGCUGCCGACUCUCUCUUCACCGUGUCCAACAUCCUCAUUGCCGACAUGUUCCCGCCGGAGACGCAGGGCCUGGCGGGGGGUGUUUUUAAUACGUUCUCGCAAAUUGGAAAGAGUUUCGGACUGACCUUUGUCGAGUUGAUUGCCAAUGUCGUCAGCGAUAAUAAGGCCGCCCCCGGAGAGAGAUACGAGCCGGAUGGGUUCAUGGUCGGGUACCGGGUGUCGUUCUGGUUUUUGUUCGCGGCGAAUAUUAUCUGCCUGGUGGUUGGGGCCAUCGGACUGCGGAAGGUGGGUAACAUCGGGAAGAAGCGUGAGUAG